AUGGCGAAUCAACUCUCGCAAACACAAUGCCUUACGCCGGCUGCCACUCUGACACCGUUGACGACGUUCGGACCGCCGUUGUCCGCGGUGGCCUACCAUCAUUCGCUUCAGUCGCCCACCGCGGCCGCUGCCUGCUUCUAUGGCUCGUCACAGUCGUUGAUGCCCAGUCAGACGACUCAUCUGAACUACCAGUCGCUGAACAACACCUCGCCAUCGACGGACUCGUUGUUCUCCGUCUCCACGUCGUUGAACUCGUUGCCGUCUGAAUGCCCACCUCGUCGUAGCGAUCUCGAUCUGAAAAUGGAGACCCCGGACGGUGAAGAGAUGGACGAUUUUUUCGAUUUGGAGAAGCACCAGAAGGCUCGAUCGGCUUCCUUCGGCGGUUCAACGCCCUACAGUACCCAACUGGCCAUCGCUCGCCACGGCCUGUUCGCCCCGUCACUGGACACCAUCGGAAGUGUAGCCAGCGGCUCAUGGUCGUUAUCGUAA